AUGGCGGUCGACGGAGAAGAUGUGGCGAAAGAUUCGCACGUGGGAAAAAAGAAAAAGCCUCCAGCACGUUACUGGCGCGAGAAUAAAGACGAAAUUGAAGAUGGGAAACAAGCAGUUGAUGCUGGAAAAAAGCCACAGAAACCUGAAAGAACAUCACAAAUAAAGAGGAAGAUAUCAAGCAACAAUAGGCCAGACAAAGAAUUUAUAUCUGGGAGACAGGAUGCUUUUCCAGGACCUGCUUAUAUUCCAGCUGCUAAGUUGCAGAAGUUCACCAGGAAAGGCAAACCGAAUGAGAAGCACAUAUUUUUGUUCCAGAUCGGCAAACAUCACAAAAAGCUGAAAGCAGCCAUUUCUCGUUCAGAUGAAGCCUCAGAAAUGGCCCAGAAAGAAGCUGCCCGGUUUGACCUUCUUCUCCCAGAGGAAGCAGGGUUUCUAGAAGGAGACGAAGAUGAGGACACAUGUACAAUCUCACAGCAGGAUAUCGUCGAUGCCGUAGAUAUAUCGUCUGCGACCAAGUAUUUUGACUUGAAUCUUUCUCAAUUUGGACCAUACCGACUGGAUUAUAACAAGACUGGACGUCACUUGCUGCUCGGUGGGAAGAGAGGCCACUUGGCUUGUAUCGACUGGCAGACUAAACAGAUGAUGUGUGAGAUAAACGUGAUGGAGAUGAUCAACGAUGUACGAUGGCUUCACACCGAGACCAUGUUUGCAGUAGCUCAGAAAAAGUGGCUGUAUAUUUACGACUCUAACGGGAUAGAGCUUCACUGCAUUCGCAAGUUCAAUGACGUCCUUCGCAUGCAGUUUCUGCCCUACCACUUCCUGCUCGCCACCGCUAGCGCAACAAGUUUCCUGCAAUAUCUUGACGUAUCCGUGGGAAAAGAAGUCUCUGCCAUCUGUACCAAGACAGGCCGUCUCGAUGUGAUGUGUCAGAACCCUAAUAAUGCCAUCAUCCAUCUUGGCCAUCCCAACGGCACUGUCACCCUUUGGUCGCCCAGUCAAAAAGAAGCCCUCGUGAAAAUGCUGUGUCACCAUGGAGGAUUGCGCUCUGUUGCUGUGGACAAAACAGGAACCUAUAUGGUGACAUCAGGCAUGGACAAAAAGCUGAAGGUUUUUGACGUCAGAACUUUCCAGGCUAUCAAUUCUUACUUCCUCCCUGCUGGAGCUUCCUGUUUGUCGCUAAGCCAGCGGGGACUGCUGUCCGCAGCCACAGGGGAUGUUGUCCAGGUGUACAAGGAUGUGUGGAGCUCUCAGGUGGCUAAACCUUACUUGGCCCACAGAGUACAGGCUGCUGCGUGGGGGCUACAAUUUUGCCCUUUUGAGGAUGUGCUCGGAGUCGGCCACGGGAAAGGCUUCACUAGCAUGCUCGUACCAGGAGCCGGCGAGCCAAACUUUGACGGCUUGGAUUCGAAUCCCUACCGCAGUGCCAAACAGAGGCAGGAAUGGGAAGUUAAGGCUCUGCUUGAAAAGAUCCAGCCGGAGCUUAUCAGCCUGGAUCCCACUCAACUAGGGAAGGUUGAUCUUGGCACCUUCCAGCAGAGGCACCAAGACAGAGUGCAAGCGCUGGGUUUUGAUCCUCUUGCCAAAGAAAGAUUUGUCCCAAGGCAUAAGAAAAAGGGUCGCAGCUCAGCAGGCAAUUUGGAAAGGAGAAAGAAGAAAGUGGCUGACAUUGACAAGAGGGACCUAAUAGUGCAAAGUAUGGAGGAUAAAAAGAAGAUAGCAGAGGAAAGAAAAGCUAAGGAAAAGAAGAUGGCAUCGUUUUCGAGCCAAAAAUCUGCUCUGGACAGAUUCCAAAAGUAA